UACUCCCUACGCCAGGACCCCGUACCAAAUACUCAAAUUGAUUUUAGUGAACUUGUGCAUCAACGCGAAAUAAGGGAACAACGCAGACUUGCAUCUUUGUGGAACAAGGAAUCUAAAGAAGUUGCCUUUGAAACACAGCAGCUCCAAACUCUCCUCUACACUAACUGGGAGCACUUGUCCGCCCGCAAAAUAGUAGAUCAUUUAGCUAUCAUUUGGAAAUCCUUUGAGACUGUACACUCGAAGUACCUGCCAGGCAUACGUGACAGCAAACGACUACAAGAAGUACAACAAAGGUUCAAGUCCCUCAAAGAACAGAUGAUGUUUACAAUAGAAGAAUGCGAAACGCAAAUACGGACUGAUCAAGAAACACAAGAACGUGAUGAUGAACGCUCCAUUAAAAGUCACAAGUCGCACCAGUCUCAGAGCUCCACUACUUCAAGAUCCUCUUCGUCGUCCCGGAAAGAAAGGUUUAGAGCCAUGCUUUUAGCAAAAAAGAAAUUGGAGUUAGCGAAGAGUAGGGCACAAGAGGAAGCUGAGUUGGCGAGGAGCAAGGCUCAACAAGAAGCCGAAUUGGUCAAAGCAGAGCAUGAGCGGAGCGCCAAGAAGGAAUUGAGACUACUCGAGGACGAAGCCGUUCUAGCUGAACUGGAUUGGAAGAUUGAAAAUGAGUUCGACGAGGAAACUGGUGUUGUUAAUGGUGUGGACAAUAUUGUUCAGACAUCCUAUCCCAUUGAGGAGAAACCACUGGGACAGUCUCCUCAAAUUCAACUUGAUGAUUCAGAACCCCGAACACCAAAAAAUCCCAGCACCGACACCCAAACCUUCACUGCCUCUUAUACCUGUCAGUUGCUCCACCCCCCAAGACACAGCACCUGGUUCGUGCAAGGAAAAGCCAGCCACUGA